UGUUUGAGAGUCUAGCGAAUGUGUCUAGCAGAUUUUUUAAUGGCACCCAGUCCAGUAAUUUGCAACCGAUGUUCAUCUUUGAGUCAAUUUUUCAAUGACUAGAUAAAUGAUUUACACUUGUGAACGCUCUCUUCAAAACAUGACAGAGGUUUGAGCGACACAUCUCUCAAAUGAAUUCUUUGAACAGUCCCCCAAAAGUCAAAACAAGUCAACUCAAAGUAGAGUCCGUCAAUAAUAAAUUUUUAACAAUAACAACCAAGUGUUAUCUAUCAUGAAUUCAUAUUUCACCGACGAAGAAACAUUGAUAUUGUUGAAAUUAGUUCACACAAAGGACUUGCAAGACAAAUUCAAUUCAAACAAAAAGAGACAUCGCAAGGUCUGGGAAGAAAUCGCCAAGAUUCUGGAAAAACAAGGCAUCCGAAAAUCGGCCGCAAAAUGUCAAAAUCGUUACGAAAACACGAAGCGAACGUACAAUACGAUCAAACGGAAUCAUAUCGGUCCACAGAAACCGAAUUAUCCGUACUGGGACUUUUGGGAAUCGAUUCUGGGUGAAAAGCGAGACAUGCCCUUUGGUGCAUUCGACGAACACCACGAAACUUAUUUACGACUUAAGGAGGCUAGAGACGAUGGUGAUGCUGUUCCGCCGGACUGGGAACAUUGGUCGAAAUACGAUGAAUAUUAUAAACAAAAGAGACUUACUGCAGAAUCGGAUCUGGUUCAGAGUGACAACGCCAAGUGUACACAGCUCUCACAAACUUUCACCGACGCAGAAACAGACGAAUUGCUGUUAAUAAUGGGAGAACGAGCUACUAGGCAAAUGUUCGUCAAUCAUCGAAAGAAGCACCGGAUCGCCUGGAAUUACAUUUUAAAAUGUCUGAAGAAGAGGGGAAUUCAUAAGACCGCCGAGAAAGUGAAAAAUAGAUUCGAAAAUCUCAAGAGAAAAUACAUGCACUACAAAAAGAGCUUAACCAGCUCCAUGGAUCCACCGGACUGGCGUUAUUGGAAUGUCUUUGAAGAAUAUAUGGCCAGUAGAUCGAGUCCAUCAGACUCGGAUUUUAUGGCCGAUGACGCGACCGAUGCGGAUGAAGAUGCUGAAGAAAUGGAAACGGAAACUGAUGAUGUUGAUGAAGCGAUAACCACCAAGGAAGGUUUCCAGCCGGUAGAAACUUCGAUCCACGCGGAAUCGACCAACAAUCAAAUCGAGCCGGAAUCGAGUGAUAGUCGAACCGACGUUAACUGUGGUCGACAACAAAUAUUUUGUCGAUUCUGUCUGCAAUCGAUGUGUAACACAAGCAUCAGUUUAUUCAGUCCAUUAAACGCAAAUAUUCGCAUCAACGAAGCAUUGGCCAUAUGUUGCGGCCUGGAAAUUUUCCAACAGCAAGACUCGUCAACUGUAAACGAAAUUUGCUUAGACUGUGUACAACAACUGCAAACUUCAUACAAUUUUCGUAAAUUAUGCUGGGCAUCGCAAUUCGAAUUGAAGAUGACCAAUCGAAAGCAAACCGAUCGAAAUGAUGGCACAGCGAGUCCUUGUCGCCGACUCUUGCCAGAUAGCAUCAAGAAUCCGGCCCGACCACAUACAUCUGCAGCAAAUCAAUCGCAUUUUGAAAAUGACGGAACAGCGGAUAGUAUUAGCACAUCACCUCAAUUUGAGAUGACCUACGAAUUUGUCGAUACAGAUCCCAUUCACAGUGAUGACUCAGCUCCUCAAUGUGUUGACGAAAAAGACAGUGUGACGGAGCCGGACAAUAGUGAAAUCACAGACUUGGGGAAACAUAAAAAGGGGGAGACUAACCGAGUCGAAAAACUGAAAAAUUUCAAAUGCUCACUUUGUAUGAAGAAGUUCCCGAACAUUGAGUACAUUAAGAAGCACCUGGUCAAAAUGCAUUCACUGAUAGCCGAAAGCCAAAACUUUAAAAACCAUUUGGAACUGAGCAACUGCGAUUCGGACGAUGAGCUGGAUGAUAAUGUCAAAUGCUACGUUUGCGGAAAGAGCUAUGUCAAGCGAGAGUACCUGAAGAAACAUUUGAAGCUGAUCCACAACAUAACUGAUGCCGACUACAAUGUGUACGAUAGAAUCGAUGAAGAAAAUAAAACGAAAAAGCCCUUAUUAUGCCACUCCUGCGGCGAAUCCUUCGUACUAAAGCACAUCUUCAAAAAACAUGUCGAGCACCAUGAGAGAGGCAGUUUGUUGUCUUGUGACUACUGUGAUAUAAAAUUGGUGGACAAAGCAGCCCUACAACGGCACAUGAUUUUGCAUACCGGUCAACGGAAUCACAAAUGCAUUUUCUGUGCCAAAGGAUUUUUUACUCGAGUAUCGCAAAAGCGUCACGAACACAACGUCCACACCAAGGAGAAAUCGCACAUUUGUCAGUAUUGUGACAAAAAGUUUGUAAUGUGGAAAUUUCUGGAACGUCAUCUGAACACACAUACGGCGCAAAUUGUCUAUCAGUGUGAUCAGUGCGAUAAAAAAUAUCUGAACAAAAAUCAUUUGCGAGUGCACAAGUUUCGGCACGCCAAGGAGCCACCAUUUAAGUGUUCCGUUUGCUCGAAGGCAUAUUUUGAUCGGUCCGCUCUGAAGAAGCACAAUUACGUGCAUAUUGGAAAUCCGUAUCAGUGCACGCACUGCGACAGAAGUUUUGAUAGGCGUGAUAAAAUGAAUAAUCACAUGCAGAAGGUUCAUGGCGCACUUUUAAGUCAAAAUCAAGAAAUUGCCGAACAAAAAAUUAGUUAGACUCCCGAAGUGUUGAGUUUAAUAAAUUAAAAACGUUUCACCACCAUACAGCAA